AUGGACUGCGGUGCCACAAGUAUGUCUAGGCGGGCUCACCUUCCGGCCCGAAUCCAAACACAUAUUAGGAACCAGGACUCACACUCGUCGGCUGUGAGCCACGAUACGUCGCCAAUGGCCGACCCUAUUCCUUCGCCACGCCGGUGGUCUCCUACCUAUCAACCCAGAAGGCGGAGUAAACAGGUUCCUUCCUUAUCCUUUGUACCAUCCCCAGACAUGCCCCGGAUAGAAACCCAUAAUCUAUCAGGGCCAUCACCAAGAAAGCCCGCGGAGCGGUCGCCGGCAUGCAUGUCGCCGUUUCGCUCAGUGCGGAGGAUGAAAGAACCUUUUCAACUCAGACUUCCGGUCUCGCCGGCAUCCAUGGAUGGCGGACCGACAAAUUUCCCAGACAAGCCAGCCCGAUCACCAAGACCGCGAGGGGGUCAUUCUCUCAGAACGUGGGCAUCGGAUCAAAAUUUGAAAUGUGAUAUUGGAGGUCUCGGCCUCUUACCAAGCCCACCAAUGUCUGAAUCACGACCUUCCAGCGCAGGCCCGGAGUCUUCAUACUUCUCGUUUUCAUCGACUGAAAGCAAUGAUACGGAGCCUGAUACCAGCCAACGAAUAUGCGACAUUAAUUGUGACAUCAGGGAAGAUCCAAACGAAGAUCUCAAUGAUGACCAACACCAAGUGAAACAUUCUGACGAAACUGAUCGGGUUGUUCAGGUGGCUGAGACAAAUGAUCAGAUAGUUGAAGAACUGGAAUCGCCUCAGUCUAACUAUGCUGAGGAGGACCUUACACCGACGGCUUCUGGGUUCAACAUCGAUGAUACGCUGAGGCGUCAGCCCCAUCGCUCAUCUGAUUGGAACAAUCAACCUCGUACUGAUGUGAUGAAUAUUCACGAGGCACACUCAGAGCUCGCUCGCCAGUGCGAGUCUGGCAAUGAAGGAAACACAAAGCCACCAUCUGAGACCCAUGAAUCACCACUGAAGUCACCAAGCUCAGCCUAUAGCUCGAAAGACCUCCCACCAGGAAGAUCUCCUAGGCCCCAACGUUCACGUACUGCAACAGUUUCAAGUCAGGCAAGCUGGGAUCCAAGGGAAAUUUCAGACUGCGAGCGGUGGCUUCAAGGUGUGCCAACAGACGGACUCAGCGACGAAGGCAGCCCGACCAGAGAAUUCAAUAACAGACGAAAAUUCCAGAUCGUUGAGAACGAUCCCCCAAUGCCCGAUCUAGAUAUCAUACCAGGCGCGCGAGCACUGGAGGAGCCUGUGCGUUUUGCGGUUAUAAGCAACGCGAAACCAAAGCUGGUUGACAUCGGGAGACAAUCUCCCACAGCCUCACUGCCGCUGCCGCCCCCGCCGCCUCUUCCUGUGUCCCGUCAUGCCGUCCCAACGACACCUGACCAGCGAUUACAGGAAGUCUCCGCAUUCAGUCCUGACACGCCAAUGGAUGUGUCAGACAGUGGUUAUGACACCCGUGAUUCUGGAUAUUCGUUCGACAGCUAUGACAGCAAACCUGAAGACGACGACGAUGCAUACACAGACCCAGGCUCACUCACUUCUUCCGACAGCGUUGGGUCAACGGUUGUUUGCGAUAGGCCUGAGUCCGCGCAGGGAGAGCGCGAACUUCAAUCACUCGAAAUACGCUCUGGAAGCGUAAGCCCCAAAGCAUCAUCGCCAGCACCACCCCCAUCGCCAGGACACAACUCGAACAAGUCCGACAAGCAGGAGGAUAAACCACAGCUAUGGCCCCAAGACUGGAACUUGGAUGACCAUGAGUGGACUCUGGAUGAGCUGGAUCAUUCUGUAAAGGACUUCCCCCGCAACAUGCUCCGACUUACUUCCCCGGUUAUCCUUUUCUUACGCAAAAGCGACGAGGAACCAUUCAUGAAACCCUUCCGAACAAUCUUUCCCAAGGUUUCCGAGAGUCAUCUCGAUUGCUUAUGUGCCGCACUUCUCGCACGAAACUAUCUUCUAUCUCUCUCAUCUGCUCAUCGCAGCGCCCCAUCUGUCUCUACUCGUCACGACUGGAUCCCCGACUCCGUUCCAGCAAAAGCAUACAGCACGCUGGGAAUACAGAUUCCCCCUGCAGCACCUACCAAAAAAGCCCAUCCCUUUGCAUCUCGCAGCAUGAAACUUCGCCCGCAUCUUGAGCGAAUCGUUGAUAACCUCCUCUCUUCCAUGUGUGGGCGAUCUGACCCAACUCUCAAAGCAGCCGUUGAAGUUCUUGCUCAAGUCCUCGAAACAAAAUCUUAG